GACAAGCUAAACAACCGACAUUAUCAAGUUUGAUAUCGAAGCAAUGGCUCCCUUAAGUAAACAAUCCCAAAGCAUCGAGUCGGGUACAACCGUUCUCUACAAUCUCAGCCUUGAUGAUAUCACGGAGUCCAAUGAUAGAUACAGGAAACAAAUUUCCUCAUUUUUCCGACCUGUCAAAUCGAAUAGGGCUGCUAAUAAGAAGCAACGCACGCCGACCAGUAUCCUAGAGGACAGUACCAGUAUCCUAGAGGAUAGUCCCAACAUCAAAGAGGAUAAUCUCAAUAUCAAAGAGGAUAGUCCCAACAACAUCAAAGAGGAACGUGAAGAGGUUUUUGUAGGGUCGGGCACCAUGGAAAAAGCCCCUAUGGCAUUGUUCAGGCGGCGAAGAAAUUAUAGAUCGCAGUAUCAGGAUAUUUCAAAAGCCGGAUUUGAAUAUAGCGAUUCAAUGUCAACGGGCCAGGACUCCAAACAUAUCAAUCCAAGAACCGCCCAUUUCAUGCUUCGGAGAGAGCAAGGGCUAAGACGAUUGCUGACUCUGAGUGAUGAUCAGACGUCUCAUGCCCAAAUAAUGGCUGCAAUAGUGGCUAGAGACACUGCCAAAGCAAACGUUCUCAAAAAGACGAACACCGGCUCGAAGUAAUCCUAGCUAACAAGCUAUUGGUAUUCUUCAGUAAUCA